GGGAGGCAGAGAGGGGAAAGUUCGGCUCCGGUAUUAGGUGUUAUAAUCCGGGGGGCGCCUGCUGCCUCUAUUUUUAGUUCUGGGGCAUUUUUACGCACACGCGUCUUUUUACGCGCGGCGCGCACCACGCGCUCUCCGGCGCUUCUGAACAGCUUAAUGGAUUCCAACCAAUGAGAUUAUAUUAAGCAAUUAAUCAAUAACUGUAAAUGCAGUGGAUGCGUGGGCGCGCGUGUUGCGGGGCGCGCGGGAGGGAGGAGCGUGUUUCCGGUGAAAGUGUUUGUGUGGACGCGGUUUAACGGCGCGUUUCGGUUCCGUUCGGACCCGCAGCCUUUGCCAUGUGUCGUCUUCUAUUGUCCUCCGUUACAACAAGCGGCCAGCAGCAGCAGCGUGCGUCGCUCUCCUCCGCCUCCUCUUCAUCACCCUCCUCCUCCUUCUGCGCCCUCCUGUGUUAUUUUAAAUCGAGCAAUGCAUCCUGGGUAUCGCAGUGCUUCUCCCGGGCGUGUCUCGUGACAUGGCAGCAAUGGCAGGCAGGCUGAGGACUACAAUACCCAGAGUUCCCCUGGGGCCACAUCAAAGUAUCAGAUUACAACACAUUAGAGCGGAUGGAGGGGGAGGAGGCAGGGGAGGAUCUGCAGAGGAUCUGCUGGCUAACAGGGCUGAACAAUGUGCAGCUGACCUGAAGGAGAAGAAGCUGGCAGAGGAGAAGGAGAACGGCAAGGAUGCUGCCACCAACGGGAAGGAGAAUGAGGAGAACGGUGAGCCUGAGGUAGACGAGGAGGAGGUGGAUGAGGAGGAAGAGGAAGAAGAGGAGGACGACGGAGAAGGAGAUGAGGAGGACGAGGAAGAUGAUGAAGACGAGAUCGAGGGCGGCACAAAACGGGCAGCUGACGACGACGACGAGGAUGACGAGGACGACGUCGAAACCAAGAAGCAGAAAACCGACGAUUGAUGCGUUUCCGCGCGGCGCCGACCUGCUGAACCACUUCCUGGUUCUUCACCUCUGACCUCUCUGACACGUCACAGGUGGAGGGGCGGGAGGACUGACCUAAAGGAAAAAAAUAAUAAAAAACCAACAUGGUCAUUAGCAAGUAGAGUUCAACAAGCAUCACCACGUCCACCCCCUCCCAUCUCCCUGACCUCUGACCUCCAGGCUGCAAGACAAAUUUUCUAGAGGACCCGCCGCCUCGCCCGACGCAGAAAUCUGGCUUCUCUUCAGCAACAACAACCCCAACGGAGAAUUUGUUUGUAUUUUUAUUUACAUUUUAUAUUUUUGUACAUAUUGUUAGGAGAGGGAGGGGGGGGGGGGCAGCUUCUCUCUCGGCAGCGAUCUCGUCAGACCAAAUCGGUGCUUCUUCUGUAACGAAAAGAUUUUACUUGGUUGACCAUGUUACAAUAUCUCAGAUACUAGAAAACCUGUAAAAAACAAAAAAGCUAAAAAAAAAAGAAUAAAAGCUGAAAGGCAACCUGUUAACGCCGCUGAACUCAGAGCAUUCCAGUAAAUUUAAUGUAUGUACUUUAGCUGUACCAUAACUAGUUUGUUUGUAUGGGAGGGUAAGGCCAAAGAGAAGAGCCUCUGUUUCCUUUUGUUCUUUUUUUUUUUCUUUGUCAGCGACAUUUUGUUUUAUGACGGCCUGUUUUGAUGUAUGUGCGAAGUUUGUUGUUUGACAAUAAACCGGACUUUUAUUUUGUGAGUUGUA